AGUUAUUCGAGUUUCCGGCUGAAUUUAAUCAGUAGUAAAAUUAUCACCCUAAAAAGUAAAAUAAACUGCAACAGGAAACUAGUAAUUGACCUCCACAAUGUCAUACAACCCCAAGUUUUCAUCUCAGCAGGCCUUUUUUGAUUCGAAUUCUUCUGCACUUCUAAAAACAAGCAGUCUUUGGAGAAGACUUCAGAAGACUUAUCUGCAACAUAAGUCAAAGCCAUUGCCUCCAGCAUUUAGAUCAAGACUUAAUGGUCCAUCUGCUUCCUGGAAAGUUUUUAAGCGUUUAAAAGAAGCAUGUUUAUUUGCUGAUUCCAAAACUAAGGAUUGUAUGAUAUUUUCAUUUGAAGAAAGGAUACCAACAAGCACUGGACAGAGACUGUUUCUUGUUGCUCAUCCACAGCAAAUGUGGUUAAAUCAUAGGUUGAGACCAUUAGAAGAAAGAUGCACCUAUGAGGUUAUACGUGAAGGCUUUCCCUGCAAACUUUAUUUUGAUUUAGAAUUCCCUACUUCUUGCAAUUCUGGGAAAAAUGGAGAUGAAAUGACUAGAAUAUUUUCUGAAUGUGUUAUUGCUCUUAUGUUGGAAAAAUAUAAUCUGAAAAUUCAACCUAUUGACUUUUUGUGGCUGGAUUCAAGCUCGGGUGAAAAAUUUAGCUGCCAUCUGAUUUUGCAAAUGAAGAAUAUGGCCUUCCAAAAUAACAUUGAAGUUGGUAAAUUUGUAAAUUUGCUUACUUAUAAUAUUCUGCAGAGGAUUGAGGUCAAUGCUAGGUCUGAAAAUCUUUGGCCAUCUGCAGAAGAUUUACGAACAUUGAUUAUUAAUACAAAAUGUGGUGAAAAGACCUUAUUUUGUGAUGAAGGUGUAUAUACUAAAAAUAGGAAUUUUCGUUUGUAUUUUUCAACAAAAUUCAAGAAAAAUGUACCCUUAGUUCUGUCGAAAUAUAAUCAAUACGUUCCUGAAGAAACUGAGAUAAGCUGCAAGGAAGAAAAUCUGUUUUAUGAUUCUCUCAUUACCUACUUCAGGUAUACAUUUUCAUUAUUUUUUCUAACUGACUCCUUACGAACCUGUGGGAAUGCUUCUUCUCUGUGUCCAGAACUAGACUCAUUUAUUUUGAAUUUAAUAAAAGAUGAUAAUACAAUUGGAUUUAUUAGGAAGUGGACUUCCCUUUCAAAAGAACAAAUUAUAAUUUAUGAUAUUGGAAAUUAUCGCUUCUGUAGAAACAUUGGACGUCAUCACAAAAGCAAUAAUAUAAUGAUUAUAGUGGACUUAAAAUCAAAAACAUAUUACCAGAAAUGCCAUGAUCCUGCCUGUAAAAGUGAAGGAUACAGAUCGCAAAGUUUUCUUCUUCCUGAAAAUGUAUCUAUUUUUGAAGUUCCUGAUGAUUUCUUUGAUUAUGAAAGCUUCUCACAACUUUCUGAUAUUGAAACAAAUAAUAGGAAGUCUUCUCCAAAAAGUAACAUGAAAUCUGAAAUAAGCAUCUCAUUAGAAAAUGAAUCUGAUCAAAAGACAGUUUGCUCCAAUUCAAUCAGAGUUAGUAAAAAAUUUCCUGAAAAAAAUUAUAAUCAUAGAUUGGUGCAAGGAAUGGAAAAUAAUACUAAUAUCUACGAUGGUAUGCAAACUCAGUUGUAUAAUCCCUCUGAACACAAAUUUUCUCAGAAAAUAGAAAACAGUUUCAUGGCUGAUUUUAAUAUUGGUGAAGUCACUGAAGAUUGUGAUUUUGAUUCAAGUUUUGAAUGUUAUCAAACAGAAAAAGAAUGUCAUGCAGAAAAUAGUGUUAGUGAAGAUCGACUUCGUUCAAAUUGUAUUGAUGAAGAAUUUAGCUGUGCAGAUAUAUCAGCCGAGGAAGAAAUGAUUAUCGCAGAAGUAACAGAAGUAAUUGAAGCAUCUUUCAGUGAUGAAGCAAUUUUCCAAGAAACUGUGUUUUGA